AUUAUUUCGUAAAUAUCAUUUUACAUCUGCCUCUUGCAACGGAUUCGAAAAGCGACGCACAAAAUGGCACCGACCAAUCAGGGCCGAGAGUCAGCGUGUUGAACUCGCACGAGUGUGGGACGCUAAAAACAAAAAAGGACCGCUCAAUCGCCGAUUGUUGCCUGGCGGGAACGUGCACGAGCAUGCAGGAGCAUGCAGGGACGUGAAUUUGGCGUUGUUUAACGGAAGAAAUCGGCGUGAGAUGUGGAACUCACGAUACGAACCCGAUGACAGUCAGCAUCAUCGACGUUUCAACGGCGAAAUUUGAACGCUGAUCGCUUUUUCUCGUCCUCUGCAUCAAUAUUGCGCCAACGGUUGACAUCGCCACAGCACAGGGAAAAAUGGAAAAUGUAAACGGUCGAAAGAAGAGAGCCACGGAGAAGCCCGAUGAACAGGAGGCUAAACGUGCCAGACACACUGAGAAUAACAAUUCUGUUGAGUAUACAGCUGGAAAGGUGAAGAGCAUUCGCGUUCGCAACUUUAUGUGUCAUGAAGCCUUAGAGAUAGUGCUUAAUGAAAAUGUUAAUUUCAUUGUGGGACGCAAUGGCAGCGGCAAAAGUGCCAUACUGACAGCAUUAACCGUUGGACUUGGUGCAAGAGCAAAUAUCACGAGUAGAGGAACUUCUGUCAAAGAGUUUAUAAAGAAAGGCAAGACUUCGGCUACUAUUGAAAUAACAUUACUUAAUAAAGGAUGUGCUGCAUUCAAACAUGAUAUUUAUGGUGAUGCUAUCACAGUUGUACGUAUUAUUGGAACUUCCUCAACAUAUAAGAUCAAAAAUUGGAGAGGAGAAAUUAUCUCUACAAAACGGAUUGAAUUAGACAGUAUUAUAGACACAAUGAAUAUACAAAUCGAUAAUCCAAUCUGUGUUCUAAAUCAGGAUGUUUCAAGAACGUUUUUAGUUUCCUCUAAGGCUGAUGAAAAGUACAAUCUAUUUAUGAAAGCCACUCUUUUGGACAUCAUCAAAAAUAAUUAUAAAGAAGCUUUAGAAAUCUGUGAUGGCGAAUACGAGAAAUUGAAACUACAUUCUGAUACCUUGUUACAAGUAAAGGAGAUAGAUAAAUUAAAGGAAAAUAUACAUAGGUUAAAAGAAAUAGAUGCAUCACGAAUAGAAUUAAAUAAUCUUGAAAUGGAGUUUCAGUGGGCUAUUGCUAUAAUGGAGGAAUCUAAACUUCAUAAGAUAGAGAAAAAUUUAAAGAUGUGUGAAGAUAACUUGAAGGAACUUAAGAAUGUGGAAUUAUCUAUGGGAACAAAAGAUGAAGAGAUUGAUGUAAAAAUCAAAAAAGUGAAACAGGAAAUUCAGAAAGCAGAACAAGAAGUGAUAGACAGCACUGAAGCCUACAAUAGUGCAAAGCAAAAACACACUGCCGCAUGUGAAGCGCACUCUAAUAAGCAGCGCCAAUUGUAUUCUGUAACAAGUGCAAAAAAACGCUUGGAAGAUGAUAUUAAUUUGUUAAAAAAGGAAAUUCAAAAGUUAGAAAGCUCCAACAAUGAAGAAUAUAAUAAGAGAAAAGAAAUGACAGAGCGCCUAUCAAAGUUGGAAGAGAAACUGGAUGAAGUGGAAGCCUCAUUACGUACAAAGCAAACUGAAUUGAUGCACUUAGAAGCCGAUAAGCUGCGACUUUCGCAAGAUGUACAGUCUGCUAGAAAUGAAGUAGAUAAUUUCAAUAGGCACAUAGAUAAGAUCAAGAGAGAUUUAAAUGCAUUUGAACAACAAUCGGAUAAUGCAUUGAGUGUGUUUGGGCCAAACGUACCGCGUUUGUUAAGAAGAAUUGAAGAAGAAUAUAAGAAAAGACGAUUUAAGGAGAAACCACGUGGUCCUAUUGGUGCUUACAUAAAAGUGAAAGAUGCGUCUUGGACACCAGCAGUAGAAACUUAUCUAGGUUAUCGCAUGCUCAACUCAUUUUGUGUGGAUAAUAAUCAAGAUGCUAAGUUGUUGAAUAGUAUUAUGAAGGAAAUUUUCCACAAUCAGAAUACUCCUCAACUAAUAUGUAGCAAGUUUUUUUAUCAGGUUCACGAUGUUAGAUCACAUUGUACAUGGUCAUCACAGUAUUCUAAUCUCUUAGAGGCAAUGGUUAUAGAAGAUCCUAUUGUUGCUAAUUGCUUAAUUGAUCAAAAUCAGAUUGAAUGUGUACUCCUCAUACCAACGAGCAGCGAGGCUUGCGAGAUAAUGUCGGAUGCUAGGAAAGUGCCAAAUAAUUGCAAAAAAGCUUUCACCAAACAAGGUGACUUAUUUUAUCCCGAUCCAAAUUAUAAGACUUACGGCGGAAAGUGUGGCACCCGCGCCAAGUUCCUACAAGUUUCUACCAUGGAAGCGAUGCAAACACUGAGAGAAGACCUUCAGACAACAGAAAACAAAAAGCGGGAUGCUGUUACAGUAUAUAAUGCUGUAACUGAAAAAAUAAAUCGCACUAAUUCCGAAUUGAGUAAUGUAAGUGCGACGGUUCGCAAACUGAAGAAUAUGCAAAAUGAAUAUACUAAUUCGAUUAAUGAUUUAAAAGAUAAAAUCGAUUCAAGCGAAGCUACAUCUGCUGACGUUUUUCGAAACGAAGCUGCUGAGUUGGAGAAAAAAUUAACUGCGGAAAAUGCCACGGAAAAGCUCUUGACUGAGAAUGUGCAAGAACUUCAGAAAAAUGUAGAAUCUCUGCACGUAGAAGUCAAGCGUUUUAGAGACUUAAGGCACAAUUUACACACAGUUAUUGAUCCUCUCAAUGAUCAAAUAAAAGAAUUUAUGCAGGAAAAGGAAAGACAUCGGCUUGAAUGUCAGCGCGCUACUCGAAAGUUACCAAAAAUUCAGCAAGCUAUACAAUGCACAACAGGGGAAUUUGAAAUACAAGAAAGAGCUACAAAGAAAGCAAUUUCCGAUGCUACUGCAAAGUGUCCAAGAAUAGAUACGACAAGAUCGAUAAAUCAAAUUAAAGCUACACGAAAUGAUUUGCGAGACAAAAUUCGCGAAGUAGAGCAUCAAUAUGGCUUUAUGGAUGAUUUGCGACAACAAUUGGAAGAAAAGGAGCAAAAGUAUGGGCAAAACAUCGAAUCUAUAACUCGUUUGAAACAAAGUUGGGAAAAACACAUACAACGAGUGGAAACUCGACAAAGCGACUUUAUAAAGUUGAGAAAUUUGUACAGUUCUCUAGUGCAAAAUUCUUUCACUGAUAUGCUCUCUCUAAGACAAUAUAAGGGCACUAUAGUAAUUGAUCAUUCAAACAAAGUCCUUGACUUGAAAGUGAGUGCGCGAGAUACUGAAAAGACUGCUAAAGACACCAGAUCGCUCUCAGGAGGCGAACGAUCUUACUCAACUGUUGCGUUCAUUUUGGCUUUAUGGGAUUGCAUUCAGCUUCCAUUCUUUUUCCUCGAUGAAUUCGAUGUAUUCAUGGACAAACUAAAUCGGCGGGUGAUAAUGGAUAUUCUUUUGGAUCACACUAGAUCGCAUCCACAAAGUCAAUUUGUUUUCCUCACACCCUUAGACACGUCACACAUUCUUCCCGAUGAUUAUGUAACAAUUCAUCAGUUACAACCACCAGAAAGGAGAGGUCUGACUCUGACUCAGUAAAUGUUUCGAUAUUAUUUCUUUUUUUUUUUCUCGGUGAUUAAAUAUUUUCCUUUCGUCGCAUUGUAUAAGACGAAGAAAUGUAUUUAUUUUUUUCCUUGCUCAACAAAGGUGUUAAAGUUAUCUAGCAAUAAGCAAAAGAACAUUAUCAUAAUGUGAUUUUAUGUUGUUGAAAGAAACGUAAAUAUUUA